AUGGAAGCUGCCAAGUCAGCCAUCAGCAACCUCAUGGGCUACAAUAAAGAUGAAGAUGCCACUACGGGCACCGGCACCACUGCUGGUACGACUGCCCACACCACACAUCACGCUGGCGAUAAUACCUUCGGAAAGGGUAGUCUAGGUCAGGUUAGUGGUUCAACCUACGUGCUUUUGUCUGCUCCUGCCCAUCAUGCCACCACGACCGGAACAAACGCCGAGACAGACUAUGGCACCAAUACCAGUGCCACGACCGGGACAUACACGGAUGAAGGCACCGGUGCGACUUCUGGUGCCUCCGCGGGCUCCUCUACCGGUCCCUCAGCCGGCCACUCUACUGGCCACUCUACUGGCCACUCUACUGGCCACUCUACCGGUCCCUCCUCCACGCGUGCAGCCACCGGUGCGUCGUCGGCCGGCUCCAGCACCGAUACCGAUCACGGGCACAAGUCCGGCGUGCACCUGCACAACCCUCUGCACCAUCACAAGUCCCACGACAAGAGCGACGAGUCUCUGGAGUCGAGCCGUUCCCAUGCACAGUCCCCCAGCCAGGGGCGAGACCCAGCCGUCGUAGGCGAUGACGACCCAGCGAGGAAACUGACUGGCACCGCAGCGCCGGGCUCGCACUCCGCGGUCUUUGGACUGACCCCGUCCGGUGAAAAAGUCACCGACACCAGGCCGGGUACGGGGAUCGUCAAGCCCGCGAGUGAACUGGGCAAGUCAAAGUCAGGCAACGAGCACAGCAGCACGUCAGCAGGGGCCGGUGACACUUCGUCCCGUGCGCCAGCAGGAGGUAAGGAGCUGAGUGAACAAAUGCACAACCCCAGAGACCAGGGGCCCAAGGGACUGGAACGGACAGAUCCCGUGACGAGUCUGGGUGCUUCGGAUUCGGACAAGCCUGGCGCAGGAGGUGUUGGCUUACACCAGGGCACCGGCGACGUUAGGCCCGGAGAGAGAGGCGGCAAUGCUUGA